UCGAGUGAAGGGAAGCGGGCCCGUGUCACGUGACGGGGGAAAUAGGGAGGCUCUUGUGUUUACAUCAAUGCAUUCAACAGCGGCUGCUGCAGAGCGUCUACACAUCAAUGUUUUGCUUUCAUUUCUUUAAAAACGAGCACGAUCAUCGGUACACACGGCAGUUCCGACCGCGUCCGGGCGUAGCGCCGCUGUGCGAUAAAGAGAGAGCGCCUCUGCUGCAGCUGUGAUCGGUUGUGUAUUAGAUUACUGGCGUCAUGGACGAGCUCGCGGUGGAAGUGCGAGGAGCGAGCGGAGCUUUCUACAAGGCCUCUGUUAAAGAUGUUCACGAGAGUACAGUCACAGUCUCGUUUGAGAACAAUUGGCAGCCAGAACGACAGAUUCCUUUCCACGAUGUUCAGUUUCCACCUCCGACCGGCUUUCAGAAAGAGAUAAACGAGAGUGAUGAAGUGGAGGUUUACUCCAGGGCCAAUGAUAAAGAGCCCUGUGGAUGGUGGCUAGCCAAAGUUCGCAUGGUGAAAGGAGAGGUAAGGAGUGCUCUUUUCCUUUAAACCUAGCCAAAAAGCCGUAGCCU